AUGGACAAGGUGCUUCGCAAAACCGAGAAGCUGUACGACAAGGUGCUCGAUGGCACGACGCGCCGAGAGAAGUGCAUCUUCAAGGCAGAGAGCUACGUCCGCGACGCGGCCAAGGCCGAGCACUGGCGGCGCAAGCAGCGCGCUGCCAGCGACAAGCUACAGAAAGCCCGUGACAAGCUCGGCAGUGCGUUCGCGUCUAGCGCGUUCCCGCCCGAGCAAGCCACGUGGUUUGCCGCCAAGUACGGCCUCGUCGACGUCGUGCGUCGAGCAACAGAAGGCGUCGACGCGCCAGACGCCAAGACACACAACACGCCCUUCAUGAUAGCAUGCCUCAGCGGGCACCUCGAGUGCGCCAAAGUGCUGUACGCACGCGGUAUUGAGCUCAUGGCCGUCAACCUUGCGGGCUUCACAGCGCUCCACUGUGCGAGCCAGCACGGGCAGUACGUUGUCGUCCAGUGGCUGCUCACGCUGCCCGAGAUGGACCCGCAUGCUCGGUCUUUGAGCUCGCUCACGGCGCUCGAUGUGGCGCGGCGUGCGUGCGCUGUCGGCGACAAGCUCGGCUGCAUCGUCAAGUGCAUUCGACUUCUUGAGCAGCGGCUGCUCGUGUACUCUGGCUGGCUCUACGAAAGCGUCCUCGAUUCGAUCGCCAACAAGUACAUUCUCAACACCGUCGGGCUCAACUGCCACACAUGGCGCCUCCGCUUCGUACUCGUGCUGGCGACGGGCCACGAGACGUCGACAUUGCAGUUCGUUGUCUACGAUCAGCGCGAAAAUGGCGUGCGUCCAUCGGCGCCCGAGUCGUUUUGGAUCUACGAGAAGGGCGAUCCGCUCACGCUGCCCGGCACGAAGCGCACCAUCAACAACCGCGAGCAUACCUUUUCGUUUCAUGUACUUCAACAGGCCCAUCUCUCCGAGCCUGGCGCUCUGCAGCGCGUCGAGUGCGCCGCGGUCGAUGCUCCAAGCCUGGAGAAAUGGGUUGCAUUCUUUGAAGAGUGUUUUGUCCAAGCCUCGAUGCACGCAGCCCAGCGCAGCGCCAGCAGUCGGUCGAACGACUCGUUCUUGCCACCGCGCGUGCGACGCCAAAGCUCGUCAUCGACCGAACUCUUUCCUGCCAUGCCGCCACCGCCGUACAACGAACUGUUUCCGUUGCCACCGGCACCCGUGCCGAGGAAGCAACUGGCCGUCGACACGUUCGACGAGGUCGACGACGACCGGCGGUUUGUGGCCACCGCGCCGUCGUUCUGCGAACCGCAGGCAGCGAGUGCCCCGGCGUAUUCUGCACCAAGUGCGCCAGCGGUCCAUGCGCUGCUGCCAGCGCCAAGUCGCGAGUGCGUCGUGUGCUAUGACGCGCCGCAGGUCGGUGUCUGUGUUCCGUGCGGCCACAACGCCGUCUGUAUGGAGUGUGCCGAUCGGAUCAUGGCCCAAGACGCCAAAACAUGCCCCGUGUGUCGCGCCGAGAUCCUCCAGAUCAUUCGCUUGUUCCAGUGCUAA